AGCUCGUCUCGUGUCACCAGCUGCGCCUCUCGUCUCCGCCGCCGCUCCGUUGUACCCACGCUACGCCGCACCUUACGUCGCUGCCCCAUAUGCAGCUGCCCCUUACGUGGCAUCUCCUUACGUAGCAUCUCCUUACUUCGCCCCCUCCGCUCCUUUCGUCGCCCUGAAAUAAGACUGAAUCCUAGAUGAAUUUUGACUAAAGUUAACUACCACUAGUAUCCAAUAAAUACAUUUAUACCUCAUAAAA